GAUGGGGUCAGUCAUGGCGCCACCCGUGAGGUACUGCAUCCCCGGCGAACGUCUGUGUAACUUGGAAGAGGGCAGCCCGGGCAGCGGCACCUACACCCGGCAUGGCUACAUCUUUUCGUCGCUUGCUGGCUGCCUGAUAAAGAGCAGCGAGAACGGCGCGCUUCCUGUCAUAUCUGUGAUGAGAGAAACAGAGUCCCAAUUACUGCCAGAUGUGGGAGCUAUUGUAACCUGUAAGGUCUCUAGCAUCAAUUCACGCUUUGCCAAAGUACACAUCCUAUAUGUGGGGUCCACGCCACUUAAGAACUCUUUUCGAGGAACUAUCCGCAAGGAAGACGUCCGAGCUACUGAAAAAGACAAGGUUGAAAUUUAUAAGAGUUUCCGCCCAGGGGACAUUGUCUUGGCCAAAGUGAUCUCCCUAGGUGAUGCGCAGUCCAACUACCUCCUAACCACUGCCGAAAAUGAGCUGGGAGUGGUGGUGGCCCACAGUGAAUCGGGUGUCCAGAUGGUUCCCAUCAGCUGGUGUGAGAUGCAGUGCCCUAAGACCCACACUAAAGAAUUCCGGAAAGUGGCCCGAGUACAGCCUGAAUUCUUACAGACCUAAGAAGCCACACUUUACCCCAUGCAUGGGAGUAAGCUCUUUCCAAGAGUACAUGUGUGAAAGUGACAUCAGGAUGCCGUUGUCUUCAUUCAGGCACCUGGGGCUGGCCAGCAGCCACCUCUAGAAAAAUCUUACUCUGUAGGCAGAACAUUUUUCCUGUGAAUCAUUCAGUGGAUUUCAUUCUCUUGAGUGAUAAAUUUUCUCUUUUGGAGGCACCAGCAAACCAACUGUAUGAUGGUGGAAAUAGCCUGUUCUUUGUGACAGUCUUAUAAAUAUGUAUUUUUUGCUGUGACAAAGAAAACAUUUUUACAAAAAGAAUUUUAUGGUUUCUGUUAUACUGAGUAGGGAAAAGAAUCUAAACAGUGUCAUGACAUUGAGAGCAGGGUCUUGCCUGGUGGCACCGAUUAACAGACGUGUUACGUGCUUUCUUGCUCUAGACAAUGCCUAAUUGCCAAUCUUUUUUGUAUAUUCUGUUGUACAUACUUUUGCUUAUUGAGUACUUGCUAUGUGUCAGGCCCUAGGUUAAGUACUUUAUAUACAUUCCCUCAUUUAGAGAGAUUAUGGUUUAGUGAAAAUUAUGGGACACAUGUGGUGAUUCAGGUAGCAUGUGAGUAAUUCUGAAAGUAAUUUGGUAAACAAAGUAUUACUGAUACAGUAGACACUCCAGGAAAUGUUAAAUCUGAAUUGAAAAGAGGUACAGAACACUAUCAAGUGUAGUGGCCAGGAAAGGAUUUGUAACAUGAAGUGAAAGGAAUUAAAGAACUAAGAUAAGUGAGGUGAAGAUAUUCAGAACAGAGAGAGAAGCCCAAGCAAAGUGCAGAAUCAGGAAUGUACACACAAGCUUGAGGACAAGCAAAGGAUGAGGGUUAAGCAUGGGGAGGUUGCAGAGAGAAUGAAAGGAAAGAUGAAUUAUGUCACUUCUUGAGAUGUUAUUAGGGAGCCCAUGUCUUCUCUGUGAAGUGAGAAUUGUUGGGGUAAGCUUUGGAGUCAUCCCACGUGGGUUUGUGUCCUCUAGUUGCCUUAAACCGGGUUAUACGUUGUUUUGUUUUUUUUAAUUGAAAUUUUUAUUGACAUAAUUGUAAGUAAUUGCAGUUUUAAGAAAUAAUACAGAGAUCCCUUACGCACUUUUCCCAGUUUCCCCCAGUGGUGACAUUUUGCAAAAUAAUAAUAUGCUGUACUAUAACAAUCAGGAUGUUGAACUGAUACUUGAGCAAAUUAUUUUUAUUUCUUUAAGUCUGUUUCCUCAUCUGGAAUAGUAUGACCUCAUAGGAUUAUUAUGAGGAAGAAAUGUAUAAAAGUGGUUAGUACACACCAAUAUUACUGUUAUAUAUUAUUGUUGUUAUUAUAUAACUGAUUGCCUUCUAUCAGGUAUCUACUAAAUGCUAGAUACUUCAGUGUAGUUUGUAUUGAUAUAAUCAGUCUCCUAUUGAUAGAUAUUUUUAAACUUUUUCUCUUUAACAGACAGUGCUGCAUAGAAAAUCCCUAUACCAUAUAUCUUUGUUCAUGCCUAUGAUUCUUUUGCAAAACAGAUUCCUAGCAGUGUAAUGCUGAGUAAAAGAAUAUGCAUAUUUAAAUUUUUGGUUCGAUUCUCCCUUAUUGCCUUGCAGAAGGAUGCAACCAGUUGAUUUUCUCAACAGUGUUAGCCAUUUUACUUAUGUUAUCUCUGAACUUCACAGUGACCUGGAAAAGUAGCAAUUAUUCCCACGUUACAGAUAAGUAAACUAAGGCUUAGAAAAAUUAAUAAAUCUCACAGACAUCAAGAGGCAGAACAGUGUUCAAACUCAGAUCUGUUUUACUGUAAAGCCCGGGCCCUUCCUUCUGUACCAUGGUGCCUCAUUUUUCCAAGUAUUGAACAGAAACCUCAGGCAUGCAAUUAGAGGCUCUCCAAAUUGACAUUGGUUAAUUAAUUAUAAGUGCUUGUUGGACAUCAUUCAUUCAUUAUGUAAAUAUAUUUGAGCAACUCCUCUGCCCACCACUGCUCCAGGAACUAGGGAGUAAAGCAGUGAACAUGAUAGAAUCCUUUCCUUGUGGAGCUUACAUUCUAGUGGGGGGGGACCAUUGGUGAGAGGGGAGACAAAUGAAAGUAAACAAAUAUGGAAAUGUUAUAAUUUCAAACAGUAAUUUUAAAGUGUCAUAAAGAAGAACAUUUGAAACAACUGGGUAAUGGCCUUCUGAUUUGCUGCGAACCAGGUUAGAUUUUCUCACCCUUAACCAUGCAAUAUUUUAUUACAUGUUAGUUGUGUGCCUGUCAUCCC